GGGCCGGCAGACGUGAAGCGCUUCCCCCGUGGGCUCCGGUGGUGCAGCCCGACGCGGCCGCGGCGGGGAGGCGGGAGGCGCAGGGCUGCGGCACAGAGGGCAGCAUGGCGUACCCCGGGCACCCUGGCGCCGGCGGCGGCUACUACGCAGGCGGGUAUGGAGGGGCUCCCGGAGGGCCUGCGUUUCCCGGACAAACUCAGGAUCCGCUGUAUGGUUACUUUGCUGCUGUAGCUGGACAGGAUGGACAAAUAGAUGCUGAUGAAUUGCAGAGAUGCCUGACACAGUCGGGCAUUGCUGGAGGAUACAAACUUUUACAGCUUCCUUGUACCUCAGAACACUUCCUCAAAGUCAUUGCUUUUAACCUGGAGACUUGCCGCCUUAUGGUUUCAAUGCUGGAUAGAGAUAUGUCAGGCACAAUGGGUUUCAACGAGUUUAAAGAACUCUGGGCUGUACUAAACGGCUGGAGACAACACUUUAUCAGUUUUGACAGCGACAGAAGUGGAACAGUGGAUCCCCAGGAAUUGCAGAAGGCCCUAGCAACAAUGGGAUUUAGGUUGAGUCCCCAGGCUGUGAAUUCAAUUGCAAAACGAUAUAGCACCAAUGGAAAGAUCACCUUCGAUGAUUACAUCGCCUGCUGCGUCAAGCUGCGAGCUCUAACAGACAGCUUUCGAAGACGGGAUACUGCUCAGCAAGGUGUUGUAAAUUUCCCGUAUGAUGAUUUCAUUCAGUGCGUCAUGAGUGUUUAAAUCAGGAGGAAGACCUAUGAAGAUAAUCCACAUUCAUUCCGACUGGAGUUCUCCUUUGCUCUUUGCCUUCAGUAAUUGUGUGCAAACUUACACAGCCACUUUUCCUUAACAGCUGUUGUAAAGGUUUAUUACUUUAUGUACAACUGAAGUUUUUAGUUUUGAUAAUAUAUUCUUUGGAAUGUUAUUAAUAUCAGAUCCGGUCAGUUAAACACCAUUUAGAACUUCCUUGAGCCAUUGUUAAUCAUGCAUUAUUUUCUUGCUAAGCCUCUUUUAUGUAUAUUUAAGUGUGCAAAUUGUUUAAGGCACAUUAUGUAUUUUUCAUUGUAAGCUACUAAAACCUUUUCAUCAGACUACAGCUGUUGUCGUCCCUCUUUUAGGGCUUUUAUGUGGUAUUGAAAGCUUUAUGUGUGACCCACUUGGAUGCAAAAACAACAACAACAAAAAAACAAACCUGGUAAUAUAUGUCAGGAAUCUCCAGUGGAAACUUAACACAAGCUUAAAGGCUUACAGAUAUUAUUUUGAUGGCUGUAUAAAUGGAAACUGGUUGAAUAAUUUGGCAAAUACUGCCUGUCAUCAGGUUUCUUCUUGUCAUCAUCCAUGUAGACCUUUGCUAACUAUACUUAAAAAUCUUGAACAUUAUGAGCUUAACUAUGUAAAAAAGAAAAUUGAUAGGAAAAGACUAAAGGAAUAUAUGAAAAUAUUAACUGUGGUUAUUUUUGGCUAAUGGGAUUCUAGGUGACUAAUUCCCUUUAUGCAUUUCAGUAUUUUCCAAGUUUUCUAUAAUGUGUGUGCUUUCCUUUUAAAAUCAGAAGAUGCUAAUUUUUAAAAUGGUGAUACAUCCAUUUUGAUAUGCCAUGUGUUCACACUUAAACAUUAAAAAAUAUACACAGUACAGACAUAGAGAAUGGACUUGAGGACACGGGGAGGGGGAAGUGUAAGCUGGGACGAAGUGAGAGAGUGGCAUGGACAUAUAUACACUACCAAAUGUAAAAUAGAUAGCUAGUGGGAAGCAGCCACAUAGCACAGGGAGAUCAGCUCGGUGCUUUGUGACCACCUAGAGGGGUGGGAUAGGGAGGGUAGGAGGGAGACGCAAGAGGGAGGAGAUAUGGGGAUAUAUGUAUAUGUAUAGCUGAUUCACUUUGUUAUACAGCAGAAACUAACACACCAUUGUAAAGCAAUUAUACUCCAAUAAAGAUGUUAAAAAUAUAUAUAUACACACAGUAAAAGGACUGAAAAGAGUAUACAAAAACGUUGAUGUGGCUUCCACGGGAAGUCAGAAUUAGGAGCUCAUUUUCCCCCUUCCUGCUACUCUUCCAAAUAUUCUCUGACAAGCAAGUAUUACAUUUAUAAUGGAAGACAUUUUUUGUUUUAAUUUUUAAACCAUGUACUAGUAAGGUCUGGAUUCUAAUGCUGGCUGUGCCUCUUACUAAAUAUGUGGUUUGAUCAUU